AUGACGUUAAAAGUAGAAAAGGAGUUUCAGCCGAGUGAAACGAAACGUAUAGUGAAGAAUGUGGUCAUCAUCAGUUUGGCGUUUAUGGUGCAGUUCACGGCGUAUAGUGGCGCUGCAAAUCUCCAAAGCUCCAUAAACGCCGAAGAGGGUCUUGGAAUGAGUUCGCUGGCGGCUGUCUACGCGGGACUCGUUUUAUCCAAUAUAUUCCUACCAACGGCAGUAAUAAAGUGGAUAGGCACAAAAUGGGCGAUAUCUCUCUCGUUUGUGGCCUAUAUGCCGUUUAUAGCUGCUCAAUUAUGGCCGUCAUUCUACACUAUGAUACCAGCAGGGCUGUGUGUCGGUCUUGGAGGCGGACCCCUUUGGUGUGCGAAGUGUACCUAUUUAUCUGUGGUAUCUGAGGUUCAUAGCAAGAUAUCAAAUAUAACAGCGGAAGCAUUAUUGACGCGAUUCCUUGGUCUUUUCUUCAUGAUAUUCCAGUUUAAUCAAGUUUGGGGAAAUCUUAUCUCGUCGCUUGUGUUAUCCUCGGGCGAUAAUCAAGCUGCUGUGACCGCGAUCAACGCAACCAUGAUCCCAGAAAUCUGUGGAGCGAACUUCUUGCCCAGCGUUGAUGCUGCAGAGGCCUUACAGCGGCAGCCUUAUGAGAAAAUCCAGCUCUUAUCUGGCAUAUAUCUAGCGUGCAUGGCGGCUGCGGCCCUCAUUGUUGCAAUUGGGGUAGAUUCUAUGAAAAGAUACGAUACUGGCCGUGCUGUCAAAGUAAUGGGAGGAGUUGAAAUGCUCAUGGCGACCCUCAAGCUAUUAGUGGAGCCCAAGCAGAUUAUGCUGAUAACCAUCAUGGUCUUCACUGGAUUACAGCAAGCUUUCUUCGGAGCUGAUUUUACAGCGUCGUUCGUGUCAUGCGCAGUCGGAACUGGAACAGUUGGCUAUGUGAUGCUGACCUUUGGUGUAUCUGAUGCUAUAGGAUGCUUUGUUACUGGAUAUAUCGCAAAGAUAACAGGGCGGAUACCUUUGGUCUGCGCAGCUACUGUGAUUCAUAUGGCUCUUGUAGCCACAAUAUUGCUGUGGAAGCCUCAAGCGAAUAUGAGCUACGUGAUGUACAUCAUCGCUGUGCUGUGGGGACUCUGUGAUUCAGUCUGGCUGGUCCAGAUUAAUGCUUUCUUUGGAAUCCUUUUCCCCGGAAGAGAAGAAGCUGCCUUUUCAAACUUCCGCCUCUGGGAAUCUGUCGGCUAUAUCAUAGCCUACGUGAUUUCGCCCCAUCUCCGUACAAGUUCCAAAGCCUAUCUCAUUGGAACAACAAUGCUUGUCGGUGUUUCUCUAUACUUCAUAGUGGAAUUCCAAGUGAAGAGGGAAAGAGAAGAGAAGGAAACCAAAGAGCCUGUGAAUGGUUUAGAUAAUAAGGCGUUCACUAUUGCAGAAUAA